GCCGUUAAUCUUCAUUUCCUCUUCAUUCAAUCAAAACAUUCUUCAAAGCACUCACAUUUUCUCACACACCAUUACCUCAAACUCUAAUCUGUCACAACCUACUAGAACUGAAAGUCGGAGAAAAGAAAUGGAUUCAAAUACACCAACAAAGAUGGAUUCAGCUACACCAAAGAAGAUGGAUUCAACUACACCAAGAAAAAUGGAUUCGAGCAUAUCGAAGAAGAAGAAAAGAGUUUUCAGUCGGAGAGCAUGGAAUUUCUUGCGAUUUGCAUUACUGUGGGCGAGGAAAGGCGGUGUAUUGAAACGGGGACUUAUGAUGGAGCUUCGGGUUCUACCAAAUUACUUAAAGAAUCUAAAGCAUUCUCAUAAUCAUCAUAAUCAAGACUUGAUUCGAUAUGGUGAACGUGAAUUAUCAUUUGAUGAAACUCCCUUGUUUCAGUUUAAAUCUAGACAUUCUUCAAUGAGAUUUCACUUACCUUGUAUAAAGCCACAAGUUGAUUUUGAUUAUGAUUUUACGGGCGAUGAUGAUAUUAUUGUUUAUAAACAAGAUAGUAGGAAGAGUUUCUUAAGAAAUGGAGAAGAAGAAGAACUGUACGAUUCAGAUUCUGAAAUCGACAGAAACGACGGAUCAGAUAACAAUGAAUUAAGUUCUGUCAAUUUAGUCCAAAAUGAGGAAGAAGGAAUUGAUCUAAAAGCAGAGGAAUUCAUAUCUAAGUUUUAUGCACAGAUGAAGUUACAAAGACAGAUUUCGUAUUUACAAUAUACUGAGACGAUUACGAAAAGCAUAGCUUGAUGCUUUCACUUUUUGAUUUCUUUUCUGUAAUUUCAUUCAUUUUUUUGUAUACCUUGCGGGAUUUGCUGUAGAUAAACGAGAAGCUUAUGUAUGUGUUGCUUAUGAGUUAUUUCUACAAUAAUACUUUUUCUA